UAUAAAACAAAUUCAGAUAUUAAUGAGUGGCAAUUGCAUGUUGCCUGUUUCUAAAAUAACCAUACAAAUGUGAAAAAAGAUGUAGGCAUGCAUAUUUUUAUUUUUAAAUAGAUGCUACUCACGUAACUCUCAGGGAUUUCUUUUUUUGUGUAUUGGCACACCAUGCUUUUUCGAAUGGGCGAAAAUUUACAGGGGUUAAACUCAAAAUAACUAUGAAAUCGAACUACUGAACUCCAACCCGUCAGUCAAUUCCAUCCGCCGCCGCUCCGCUUAAAGACCCUUAGUGCUUUAACUCUUGCAUUUUGUUUUUCUAUUUCUCCUUUUCUCCCCGCCCCUUCUCCCAAUUCCGACAUGGCUCUUCCCUUUCACUUUUCCUUCCACUCUUCUGGGAGUGUAGUUUAGUCCUGCCACUCCCAGAAAAAGUUAGGAACUGGAGCAACUCUUCCUCUCUAGCAUGGGGGAACGGGCAGGUCUUUUUAUAACCUGUCGAUGCUGCUCCUUCAGGUGGCCACUGAAGAGCAACGUGAGUCACAAAGCCCACCCUCAAACCAAGGAAUUGGGGUUUUCUUGUUUCUUUUUGGACACUCAUCACUAUUUUGAGCGGAGCGAAAAUGGUUUAUGAGUAGCUUAGUGUCUUUAACAAUAGCCGCACCUUUGUUGUGUUUGCAAGGCCCUGGGCUUAAGGAUUUUGAGCGCACCGCUUGCAGGGAACACUAGAGGGGCCACGCCACACUGGUACGUGCGCUGCAGGCAGAUGCCCAGUUGGUAGCGCGGUGGUUGAUUGAGGGGCUAUAGUCACACCGUACAGUGUGGGAACACAGGCCCUCGUUUAAAAAUAACACUCAAGGAGCGCGCUGCUGUCCUGCGCUGGGAAGAGGACAGCGCUCCCCGGGCACUAACGCAGUCCCUUCUAAGCACCAGCCGCCCGGGUGCCGGAGGCGCCGCGGGGUGGAGCUUCCCCUGGUCGCCUUUAUUUUGCAAUUCUCUGCCAAAAACCAAAGAGUGGUGGUCCAAAUACACACUAUUUCUGCAUAGAUGAUGAACUUGUAUACGAGAACUUCUACGCAGAUUUUGGACCUCUCAAUCUGGCAAUGGUUUACAGAUAUUGUUGCAAGCUAAAUAAGAAAUUAAAGUCAUUUACAUUGAUAAGGAAGAAAAUAAUUCAUUAUACUGGGUUUGAUCAGAAAAAACAAGCAAAUGCUGCAUUCCUCAUAGGCUCUUACGCAGUGUGCCUCAUGUGCCAGCCAGGCCUAACUCAAGCAGCCAGAGCUCUUCAAUGUUACAUGAUCUUAAAGAUAAAAAGCAAAGUUUUUGUUUUUAAACAAACUCCUUUAAGAUCCCAAAUCUAUAACAAAAUGCUUGGCACUAAUUAUGUACUUGGAGGGCAACCCUCCAUGGGUACCGCCCCAAGAACUGCUGUAAUUCAGGUCACCUUCUCCAGGACUCAUCUCUGUACUUUGUCUAUUUUCUCAUCUUCUUUCUUCAGGAUAAUAUACUUAAGAGAAUCACCCGAAGAUGUGUACAGGCUCUUAUUGGCUGGAAACGUAUCUUAUCUUCCUUUCAGGGAUGCUUCAUUUGGUACUUGCAGUUUUCAUCUAACAUUGCUUGACAGCUUUCAUGCAAUAAAUAAGGCUUUGCGAUAUGGCUUCCUGGAUUUCAGUGCUUUUGAUGUAAAUGAAUAUGAGCAUUAUGAGAAAGCAGAAAAUGGGGAUUUUAACUGGAUAAUACCAAACAAAUUCAUUGCCUUCAGUGGACCUCAUUCAAGAAGUAAAACUGAAAAUGGUUAUCCCCACCAUGCUCCUGAGGCCUAUUUCCCAUAUUUCAGAAGACACAAGGUUACUACCAUAAUACGUCUUAACAGAAAAAUGUAUGAUGCCAAACGAUUUGCAGAUGCUGGUUUUGAGCAUUAUGACCUCUUCUUUGCUGAUGGAAGCAUACCUAGUGAUACUAUAGUCAAAACAUUCCUAAAUAUUUGUGAAAAUGCUGAAGGUGUUAUAGCAGUUCAUUGCAAAGGUAUGUUAUGUGCACAGUUCAUAUUACAAGGUGGAGUUGAGAGUUGAUAGCAAAGCCUAUAGUUAAGUUUACCUGACACUUUGCAUCAUAAGCCCUUAUUUCCAAUUGAUUAUAAGUUAGCCAAGCUGUAACCAUUUUGGCUGAUAUUUUCCAUGCUUGUUCUCUGCUUCAGCUGAUUUUAUUGGUUUGUUUUGGCAAAUCUUUUCAGCUGCUUAUGAGAUUUGCAAGCCUAUUUUUCCCUGGUGUCAAUGUUAACACUUCUUUUUCCAACCAUCUCUUUGAAGAGCUUUAGCAUCUCCAUGCUUUUCAACAGAAACUAUAAAUUUGGCAGAGUGUUAGUCCUAAGUGCCAUGGAGAUAGCUGCUUUUAUUUUCUUUAGUAGCUAGCCAAAUCUGGCUAAAUGAUAAGACUUUUAAAAUAAACAUUUGCACAGAUUUAAUAAAGCUUUUUAGAGGUUUGCUGACAAAAUACCUGAACAUUGCAUUUGCACUGAACAUUCUCUGCUCUACGAAGCUCCUACAUAACAACUGCACUGAGCAUGUCCCCAGACCCUAUUCAGCCUUCUACAAGGUAGGCAUAGGGUAUGUCUACACUACGAAAUUAGGUCAAAUUUAUAGAAGCCGGUUUUAUACAGUCGAUUGUGUGUGUCCCCACAUAAAAUGAUCUAAGUGCAUGAAGUCGGCGGACCGCGUCCACAGUA